CAUGAGCAAAGUUUGGCUUCUUGUCCUUGUGAUCUUCUACAGUAGCUUGCCCUCAAAAGGAACAAACAAUGUUUCUACGAGACCAAGUUCCGUUAACGUUGGGGCAAUUUUAUCUUUCAACUCUACAAUUGGAAGAGUUGCGAAAGUUGCCAUACAAGCUGCAGUAGAUGAUAUAAAUUCCAAUGCAACGAUUCUGAAUGGAACUAAGCUUAAUAUUUCAAUGUUGGACACCAAAUUAUCCACUGGAUUUCUAGGAAUCAUUGAUUCAUUUCUAUUGAUGGAAAGUGACACUGUGGCCAUAAUUGGUCCUCAGUACUCAGUCAUGGCACAUGUGAUUUCACACAUAGCAAAUGAGAUGCAAGUGCCUCUACUUUCAUUUGCAGCAACAGAUCCAACACUGACUUCACUGCAGUUCCCAUAUUUUGUUAGGACAACACAGAGUGAUCUGUGUCAGAUGGCUGCUGUGACAGAAAUUGUUGAUCACUUUCGAUGGAGAGAUGUCGUAGCCAUUUACGUUGAUGAUGAUCAUGGAAGAAAUGGGGUGGCUGCAUUAGGGGAUAAGCUAGCAGAGAAACGUUGUAAAAUAUCAUAUAAAGUACCCUUUGAACCUUCUGAUAAUAUAACCCCGGAAGAAAUAAACAGUGCAUUAGUUAAGGUAGCUUUAAUGGAGUCUAGGGUAAUAGUCCUUCACAUAUACCCUUCUUUUGGCCUAAAAGUACUUCAUGCAGCUAGGUCACUUGGCAUGAUGGGAAGUGGUUAUGUGUGGAUAGCCACAGAUUGGCUUUCUACAGUGCUAGACUCCGAUCCAUCAUUGCCCACUUCUCCAGACAUGAAUGACAUCCAAGGUGUUAUCACCUUGCGCAUGCAUACACCAGAUUCAGACAUCAAAAAAAAAUUUAUUUCUAGGUGGAAAAAACUGAGCCAAAAGGAAGAUCCUAAUCAGGACCCUUCUGGCUUUAAUAUCUUUGGCCUUUACGCCUAUGACACAGUUUGGGUGCUUGCUUCAGCACUCGAUGCAUUUUUUAAGAGUGGGGGAACUGUGUCAUUUUCAAAUGAUUCAAGUCUAAACAUGUUAAUUAAACGGGACACCUUUCACUUGGAUACUAUGGGGGUGUUUGCUGAUGGUGACAGGUUGCGUAAAAAAAUUUUAGAAGUGAACAGAAGUGGUUUAACAGGCCAAAUAGAGUUUAGUGCAGAUGGAAACUUGGUUAAUCCAUCAUAUGAAAUCAUUAAUGUGAUAGGCACUGGAAUUAGGAGGAUUGGUUAUUGGUCUGAAGCCUCUGGCCUCCACACUGGGGAAGGUCCUAAUCACUCCAAUUCUAGUGGUCUAUAUGGUGUCAUAUGGCCUGGUCAAACAACCCAAACCCCACGUGGUUGGGUUUUUGCAAGCAAUGGAAGACCCUUGAAAAUUGGGGUGCCUCUUAGAAUUAGUAACCGUGAGAUUGUGUCAAAAGUUGAGGGAACUGAGAUGUUUGGUGGUUAUUGCAUAGAUGUGUUUACUGCUGCUCUAAACUUGUUGCCUUAUCCGGUUCCAUUCAAGUUUAUUCCAUUUGGUGAUGGUAAAACCAACCCUUUAAAUUCAGACCUUCUUCACAUGAUCACAAAUGGCACCUUCGAUGCUGUGGUGGGAGACAUUACCAUUACUACAAACCGAACCAAGAUAGUGGAUUUUACACAGCCAUAUAUUGAGUCCGGUCUAGUUGUUGUGGCACCUAUCAAGAAGUUGAAAUCCAGUGCUUGGGCUUUCCUCACACCAUUCACUCCAAUGAUGUGGUUUGUGACAGGAAUGUUUUUCUUAGUUGUGGGAGCUGUGGUGUGGAUUUUAGAGCGUCGCAUAAAUGAUGACUUUAGAGGCCCAGCUAGAAGGCAAUUUGUCACCAUUAUCUGGUUUAGCUUUUCAACCCUAUUUUUUGCACAUAGAGAGAAAACUGUGAGCGCCCUUGGACGCUUGGUGCUAAUCAUAUGGUUGUUUGUGGUUUUGAUACUGAACUCAAGCUAUAUUGCAAGCUUGACCUCCAUCCUAACCGUGGAACAGCUUUCUUCCUCAGUUAAAGGAAUUGAAAGCUUAGUAAUAAGCAACGAGCGCAUUGGUUUCCUGAGGGGUUCAUUUGCUGAAAAUUAUCUGACUGAGGAGCUCAACAUACACAGAUCAAGGCUUGUUCCUCUCAACUGCGCAUCAGAAUAUGAAAAGGCCUUGUCAGAUGGACCAGCUAAUGGCGGUGUUGCUGCAAUAAUAGAUGAACGUGCCUACAUGGAGCUCUUCCUAUCCACCAGAUGUGAAUUUGGUAUUGUUGGUCAAGAGUUCACCAAGAUGGGAUGGGGUUUUGGCUUCCCAAGGGACUCUCCCCUAGCAAUUGACAUGUCAACUGCCAUCCUAAAACUAUCAGAAAACGGUGACCUUCAGAGGAUUCACGACAAAUGGCUAACAAGAAGUGCUUGCAGCUCAGAGGGAGCCAAACAAGGCAUAGACCGACUUGAGUUAAAAAGCUUUUGGGGACUGUUCCUACUUAGUGGCAUAGCAUGCUUCAUUGCUCUCCUUUGCUAUGUUACAAGAAUGGCCUACCGUUUCAGCAGACACUCCAAUACUAACCUUGAAGGCUCAUCACGCUCUGCACGUCUUCGAUCUUUCCUUUCCUUUGUUAAUGAAAAAGAAGUGGAAGACAAAUGCAGGCCAAAGAGAAGGCGAAAGGAGAAGUGCUCUUGUAAAAAGGUGGUGCAUGAUGAAGAUGGAUCUUUGGAUGACUCUAUUGUUCGUGUCCACAUUGAAAAUAAUGUCACUGCCCAAUGUUAAUAUCGUGCUAAAUCUUUGUUGAAAAUUGAAUAUGAAAGUAUGACUAAGAAAAACAUAUAACAAGUUGAGAUUAUAAUAUGUAACUCUUCAUAUAAAAAAGGAAAAAAAAAUAUGAUAUA